CAGCUUAUCUUGCGUCAUCUAGUCUUGCGUUCCCAGUCUUUCGAAUUCCUGUAUCACCACUUCAAUCCCCUCAAGGCCUUAUUGACGAAGGCUGCUCUUCUUAUUCAAUGAACGAUGCGGGGAUCUGAGGCAUCGGCGCCCGGUGCUUUCUGGGAUGCUCCCUCAACCCUCGCGACUUCCAUCAGGACGAACCCGCCCACUCUCGAAACGGACAUCAAUACACCGCGUCUACUCGACUCGCAACAUGUCGCUUCGAAAUUCGCACGUGGGAUGCCAACCGCAUCCUGGGAUCAGGGCAAUGGCGGUUCGAUAAGUGUCAGUGGCAACUCGACGGGGAAGGGUAUCUUGAUCGGUGUUCUAUCCGCCUUUGGCUCAGCGGCGGUUGCGGUGCUUGUGCUCGCGGCUUUCUUCUUCUUCAAGUAUACCGAGCGUGGUCGGAUCCUUCUAGAUCGUAUGGGCCGCCCUGGUGAAUUCGACGAUGAGCAAGCGUUUCUGCGAGAGGAGGCUGAGGCCCUCGAAGUCAUGGAUGACAUGUCGAGAUCAGAGUAUUUAAGAUCAAAGGCGUUUGUUGAAGCCAACCCGCCCGAGUCGGUGCAGACUGAUAUCUCGUUAUCCCAGUUUCUUGCAAUUCAGGAGAAAGGCGUGUCGGCGUGGGAGUUCCAGCCGGAACUCGAGAUUGCCAACUGCUUUGUGGAAGCCCGAACAGAGAUCGAGUUUUAUGAUUCAAUCUGUAGCGUCCAAACAAACCUACCGGUUCCUAAACAGAACGACGUAUAUUAUUGGGAGGCUAAGAUCUUUGAUAAACCCGAAACCACUCUUAUUAGUAUUGGCAUGUCUACGAAACCAUAUCCUCUUUUCAGGUUACCUGGCUAUCAUAAAUCAUCAGUUGCAUAUGAGUCGACCGGUCAUCGGAGGUAUAACCAACCGUUUACCUCGCUCCCAUAUGGGCCCCAACUCACCCAAGGCGAUGUCGUGGGUGUGGGUUACCGGCCCCGCUCUGGUACGAUAUUCUUCACCCGCAACGGCAAGAAACUGGAGGAUGUAGUGCAUGGUCAGAAGUCACAAAAUUUCUUCCCCACUGUCGGGGCUAAUGGUCCAUGCACGGUACAUGUGAACUUUGGACAGCUGGGAUUUGUGUUUAUUGAAGCCAAUGUCAAGAAAUGGGGUCUUGCGCCAAUGACCGGUAGCCUGGCACCCCCUCCGCCAUAUGGAAGCGAGCAGGGUAGCAUUCUUCUUGAGUCUGGCCGAGAAAGUGCCGCUCAUGUGGCGCAUCGGGUUUACCAGGACCCCAGCAAUGCGCAGACAAACUCGACGGUUCGGAUACCGCCGUCGGUCAGUCCUGGGCCUAUUCGAUCACCGACCGAUAUCUCCCUCGCGCCGCUCGCACACAUUCCGUCACAUGACGAUGCCGGGGAAGGGUCAAGUCGAACAGGUCCCAGCAACCCUGAGCAGGUGCCUCUACUGAACCCUGAUGAGUUAGAGCAGGUCCCGCCCCCCGAAUACACCAGCCCUGAUGGGAGUCCAAGAGCCAGCCAGGACUUCUCUCGUGAGGGUCAACCGCCCAUCCCCAGCUACGACGCUGCCGUUGGCAAUCCAGCUGACAAUACUUCGCACACACAUUAAUCCAACUGCACGGGCGUUCGUCGGUUCCUUUAAAUGUUUGAAUUUUCAGCGGGUCGGCAUUGGCGUUUUCAUGGAGCGGGAUUCUGCUGGCGGACUUUGUGUGUUUAUUCAGCUGAAAGGCCGUCACCUCUACAUGUACAAGGACUGGUUUUUUUUUUUUCUCGCGUUGUUGUCGCUCAUCGCUCCUUGGUGUCUGGGGGAAGAUUGAAAUGACUAAUGUAUCUUAUGAACUCACUUGGGCCCA